AUGCCAUCAUCUAUUCCUAUCCUCCUCCUCCCCGUCCUCUCUUUCCUUUCCCUUCUUGCCAUUACCUUCUCCUCAUCCGAUGAUCCCUCAAUCAAUUGCUCUUCUUCCUCCACCUGCGGCGGCGUCAGCAUCUCCUAUCCGUUCUGGCGCUCCGACGGUCCUCCGUCUUUCUCCGCCGUCCACUGCGGCUACCCCGGAUUCGGGAUCGCCUGCGAAUUAGAAGACAAGCAGCAGCCUAUCCUCCAGAUCGGUUCCGACCACUACUACAAGGUCACCAAUAUCGAUUACACCAACCGCACCAUCAACCUCACCGACAUGGACGUCGUCCUAGCGACCCCCGACACGAUUGGGUGCCCGAGAUCCCUCCACAACUUCACGUUCUCCAGCGACGUUGCCUCUUCGCUGAAUUACACCGGCGCGGACGCCAAUCUCACCUUCUUCUUCGGCUGCUCCGUCAACGACCCCAGCCCGUGGAACGAUUUUCCGCAGCAGAACGUGAUUCCCUGCGUCGGCUACGGGGACAAGAGCUCCUUCGUCUUCCCCAGUAACGGCAUUCCGCCUGAAAUUCGGGGCGUCCCGUGUGAGGACGUAGUGGUGGCGCCGGUGCUGCUUCAUUUCCUGGCGACGUAUGAUUUCAUCGAGGCGCUGAAUCACGGGUUCCAGCUGGCCUGGAUUGCCGGCGCUCCCGAAGGCUGCGAGGAAUGCGAGCGCUCCGGCAGGCGCUGCUGCUUCAACCAGACGCGCAGCUUCUGCUCCGACGCAACGCCAGCCGGCUAUUGCCCUGGUUAUGAGAGUUCAAAGAAGAGUUGGAGAAGAGAAGUAUUCAUUGGAGUUGGAGGUGGUCUGUUUGUGUGCCUAUGUCUCAUUGCUUGUCUCUUAUGUUAUAAGAAGUCUUGUGACUUGCUAGUAUGUUGGAAGAAGAAAUCAAAGACUUCGCCAAGUGUUGAAUCCUUCAUACAGAAAUAUGGAUCCUUAAACACAAAAUGGUACAGAUAUUUAGAAGUAAAAAGAAUGACCAAGUCCUUCGCUGACAAGUUGGGACAAGGUGGUUUUGGCAUUGUUUAUAAAGGAAGUCUUCCUAACGGCCAUCNCACCGAAAGAGACUUAAUGAGUGAAUCUAUGGGGUUCUCUGAAGUUUUCAAUCUUGUUCGGGAGCCUUCAGGCCUCAGAAAACCCCACAAGUUUAAACAAUCUAAACCGGAGAACUAA